AUGGUGAAUGUCAAACGCAUAGAUUUCCUCCUGAUCGCAGGAUACUCACAGAACAUCCUCUCUGUGGAUGCAGCUAUUUCGAAAAGCUACAUCUACAACCUGAGCCUCUGCCUGGGGGUGUUUCCCUCUCUGUGGAAGACCUCCUGUGUGGUACAGGUUCCCAAAAUGCCACACGCCAAGGAAACAGCCCACUUUAGACCAGUCACCCUGGCCUCCCACCUGAUGAAGACCAUGAAGAGCCUCAUCCUUGCCCACCUGCGCAUCUCGGAGUGCCCCACCCUCUGCAACCAGACUCUACAAUUCUGCUGGCAUAAGGCGGAGUACAACCUGGACAGGACUUCCAGAAGGCACUUUCAGAGAGUCUCUAUAAUAACCUCUUUAAUGGUGCUAACUAUUGUCUUGGUGAUUCUGUCUUAUUCUUCUGAAGACGUCUCUGACUCAGACUCCACCAUUCUUCAAGUUGAUGUCAGAAACUAUCAAAUUCAAUUAAAGUCCUUAGGCAGAACUUUCCCACAUGUUGACCGUUUUCCAAAAUGUGUAAUAAACACAUCGGCUGAACAGGUCAAGGACUUCCACUCAUUUCCUCCAAUUUCUAAAGACAUUCUCUAUUACCACCACUGUCGGCAUUUUCCAAUGAUACUCGACAUCCCUAACAAAUGCGGUGGAGCUUAUGGAUCAUCUGAUGUUUUCCUUUUACUGGUCAUUAAAAGUCCUGCUGUCAACUAUGACAGGAGAGAGGUGUUGCGCAAGACCUGGGCCGAGGAGAGAUUGUCUAAUGGAGUGUGGAUCCGAAGAAUCUUUAUCUCAGGAACAAUGGGUACCGGAUAUGAAAAGGAGAGACUGAACAAGCUUCUACAGCUGGAGCAAAGGAAGUACAAUGACAUUCUCCAGUGGGAUUUCAAAGACACGUUUUCCAACCUCACGUUAAAGCAGACACUGUUUUUGGAGUGGUUCGAGAAAAACUGCCCAAACACCCAGUUUCUAUUUAAUGGUGAUGAUGAUGUCUUUGCCAACACAGACAACAUGGUAGUGUAUCUCCAACACUUUAAACGUAAUGGUGGAAGGAGGCACCUUUUUGCUGGCAAUGUCAUGCCCCAAAUGGAUCCCAUUCGCCAUCCACACAGUAGAUAUUUUGUUCCAGAAGAGCUCUACAGGCCAAAUAUAUAUCCUGAUUACUGUAGUGGUGGUGGCUACCUUCUGUCUGGCUACACAGCUUUGAUCAUAUACAACAUGUCACACUCCGUCCCCCUUAUUCCCAUCGAUGAUGCUUACAUGGGAAUGUGCUUAGCUAAGGCAGGGCUACGUCCAGAGCAUCAUAUUGGGGUGAGACCAUUUGGACUAAAUGUUAAAGGAAAAAAUGUUGAUGAGCUUAAUCCUUGCUUCUAUAAAGAAAUGCUUGUUGUUCACAGAAUGCUCUCAGGCAACAUGUAUACCAUGUGGCACAGAAUUCAAGAUCCUGAUCUUAGGUGCGCCCCCUCCAAUCCCAAAAUGUAA